AUGGAGGGAAUUAUGCGGUUUGGUAAGAAAGGCAAGCUAAGCUCGAUAUAUUUGGGCCCUCUCGAUGUACUAGAAAGGAUUGGAGCUGGAGCAUAUACGUUGACCCUUCCACAAUUUUCAGCUAUUCAAGAUGUUUUCCAUGUCUCUUUGCUUCAAGGGUAUGUUUCGGACCCUACACAUGUACUAGAGUACGAGCCUCUUCAAGUCCAUGAGGAUCUGACCUAUGAGGAGUUUCCAGUCGGAAUUCUUGCACAAAAGGCUCAAGCACUCAGCAAGAAGAGCAUUCCGAUGGUCAAAGUGCUUUGGAGCAAUCACACGGAAAAAGAGGCCUCGUGGGAGCUAGAAGAGGACAUGAGGAUUAAGUAUCCAUAUUUAUUCGAUUGA